GCCGGGGGAAAAUGGCGCCGAGCUCGAACGCGGAGCGCGGCGGCGGCGGCGGCGGGAAGCGGGGCCCGGGGGGAGCCGCGGCCGGAAGUGGGCCCCGAGCGCGCAGGGAGCACCUCCUGCGGCAGCUGCAGCGCGGCAGGCUCUAUGGGCAGCUCUCGCCUCGGCUCUUCCGGAAGCUGCCUCCGCGCGUCUGCGUCUCCCUCAAGAGCAUCGUGGACGAGGAGCUGCUGCGCGUGGGGCACAUCUUCCUGGGCUUCUCCAAGUGCGGCCGCUACGUCCUCUCCUACACCAGCAACAGCAGCGACGACGACCUCUCCUUCUACAUCUACCACCUCUACUGGUGGGAGUUCAACGUCCACAGCAAGCUCAAGCUGGUGCGUCAGGUCCGGCUCUUCCAGGACGAGGAGAUUUACAGCGAUCUCUACCUGACCGUGUGCGAGUGGCCGAGCGACACCGCCAAGGUCAUCGUGUUCGGCUUCAACACCCGCUCAGCCACGGGGCUGCUCCUCAACAUGAUGAUGCUGAGCGACGAGAACCACCGCGACAUCUACAUCAGCAUCGUGGCGACACCGGCACCGCUGCACUGCGCCCUGUGCCGGGCCGCUCUCCCCCCCCCAGGUACCACCCCCCGGCAGUGCCUGUGCCACGGCUUCAUGCUGCACACCAAGUACCAGGUCGUGUACCCCUUCCCCACCUUCCAGCCCGCCUUCCAGCUCAAGCGGGACCACGUUGUGCUGCUCAACACCAGCUACUCCCUCGUGGCCUGCGCCGUGGCCGUGCGCGCCGCCGGUGAUGCCGGCUCCAACCAGAUCCUCUACGGGCACCGGAGCCCCCCAGCACCGGCCCCCCCCCGGGUCCCAGAGGAGGAAGGGGGGGGGCAGGACCCAGCGGGGGGGCUCCCAGCCCCGGCCCCCUCCCCAUCGCCAGCAGUGGCCAAAGCAAAGGAGUUCGUGGCCGAUCUCUUCCGCCGCGCCAAGGGGGGGCCAGGCCCGGGGGGGGCCGAGGAUGAGGAUGAGGACGGCACCAGCGGCACCGCCGAGGGGCCCCCCCCGCCCUCCACCACCCCCCCACCAGAGCCUGGGCGCUGCCCCCCGCACCCCACAUCCCCCCCGGGCCUUGGGGCCCCCCCUGGGCCCCCCGAGCCCGGGUACAUCAACUACACCCAACUGCGCUACGUGCUGGAGCCCGGCCCAGCUGAGGAGGAGCUGGAGGAUGACAAGAUCUCGCUGCCCUUCCUGGUGACCGACCUGCGGGGCCGCAGCCUGAAGCCGCUCAAGGAGCGAGCGGUGGCACCGGAGCAGUUCCUGGCCGUGGAGCAGCUCACCCUGGACUUCGAGUACGUCAUCAAUGAGGUCAUUCGCCAGGACGCUGCCUGGGCCCGGCAGUUCUGCUCCUUCAGCGACUACGACAUCGUCAUCCUCGAGGUCUGCCCUGACACCAACCAAGUCGUCAUCAACAUCGGGCUCCUGCUCUUGGCUUUCCCCUCCCCGGAUGAGGAGGGGCAACUGAGACCCAGGAGCUACCACACCAGCCUCAAGGUCGCCUGGGACCUCAACACCGGCGCCUUCGUCACUGUCGGCGUCGGGGACCUCACCGAGGUCAAAGGGCAGACGAGUGGCAGCGUCUGGAGCGGGUACCGCAAGGGCUGCGUGGACACGGUCAUGCGCUGGCUCGUGCCCGAGAGCAGCGCGCGCUACGUGAACCGGAUGACGAACGAGGCCCUGCACAAAGGUUGCUCCCUGAAGGUGCUGGCCGACAACGAGCGCUACACGUGGAUAGUGCUGUAGAGGGGGGGAAGGGGCCAAGAAGGGGUGGGGGAGG